CAGGUACUUACAGUAUCCGAUCCCUAAUCGGUUUUAAUGUGAACUCUGUGAUUAAAAGAGGAAAGGUAAAAAAUUAUUGAAAAUAAAAGUGAGUGCGUCCCAAAUGUUAUAAAUCGAAUGGUUUAAAAAAAUAAGUCAUAGAUAGUGAUUGAGAGUCAUCGAGUAUUUAGGAUUAAUCAUUGAAAUAACCAGCUGAUGGCGGGUGAAAAUACUGAACUCCUUUGGCAGUUUGGUUGUUCCAAGUUCACACAACUGUGGAUAAGUUGGUGAUAAAUAAAUUUGUGCGAUUCAUCUGGACGGUUCUGAUGUUUUAUAGUGGAAUUUGAAGCUUCAAUACGUUGAAUUAUUAUAUUUGAAAACGUUGAUAAUUGGGCGUGCACUGAAUUUAAGCACACACCUUGUCAUUGAUAUUUUGUAAUCCUUCAUUGAAUUUGAAGACUCUCUUUCUCGAAUAAUGCGAUUGAGAAGAGUUUCAAUUUGACGUCGGUGUUUCGAUGUUGAAAUGAAGAGUGAUCAGUUUUCGGUUCAAGUGUAAAUAGUGUUUUGGAUAGUUUCAUAAAGGAAGGCCUCAUCAGAAACCUGCCAGGAUGUCUUCCACGGCUUUUGUGGAUAGAAUCGAUCCCUUCGCUAAGCGGUCCUUGAAGAAGAAAACCAAAAAAUCCCAAGGCAGUUCGCGGUACCGCAAUUCCCAAGAAGUGGAAAUGCAGCAGUUGCCCCUCUUGAAAGAUGUGCCAGCCUCGGAUCAGGAAGAACUGUUUAUACGUAAGCUUCGACAGUGUUGCGUUGCCUUCGAUUUCAUGGAUCCGGUAGCAGAUAUAAAAGGGAAAGAGGUGAAACGUUGCACCCUGAAUGAACUGGUGGAUUAUAUCACCGCUGGACGAGGAGUGCUCACCGAGCCAGUCUAUCCAGAAAUCAUCAAAAUGAUAUCGGCUAACCUAUUUCGAACUCUACCUCCUAGCGAAAACCCAGACUUCGACCCGGAAGAGGACGAUCCCACACUAGAGGCGAGCUGGCCGCAUUUGCAAUUAGUUUAUGAGUUUUUUUUGCGUUUCUUGGAAAGUUCUGACUUUCAACCAACAAUCGGCAAGCGGGUGAUAGAUCAGAAGUUCGUCCUGCAGCUGCUGGAAUUGUUUGAUUCAGAAGAUCCAAGAGAGAGAGAUUUUCUCAAAACUGUAUUACAUCGUAUUUACGGAAAAUUCCUCGGCCUGAGGGCUUUCAUUCGAAAACAGAUAAAUAAUAUAUUUCUAAGAUUUGUGUAUGAGACUGAACACUUUAACGGGGUGGGUGAGCUGCUUGAGAUUCUUGGCUCUAUUAUCAACGGGUUCGCACUACCUCUAAAAGCGGAGCACAAGCAGUUUCUGGUCAAGGUACUGAUACCUCUGCACAAGGUGAAGUGCCUAUCCUUAUAUCACCCCCAGCUGGCCUACUGCGUGGUACAAUUUCUGGAAAAGGACCCAACACUAACAGAGCCAGUAGUCAAGGGCUUGCUUAAGUACUGGCCCAAAACGUGCAGCCAAAAAGAGGUGAUGUUCCUUGGUGAGAUAGAAGAGGUGCUCGACGUUAUUGAACCUUCUCAGUUCACUCUGAUUCAGGAGCCGCUAUUCAGGCAGAUUUCUAGAUGCGUCUCCAGUCCGCAUUUCCAGGUUGCCGAAAGGGCGCUCUACUUUUGGAAUAACGAAUAUAUAAUGUCUCUUAUGGAAGAAAAUAAUCACGUCAUUAUGCCAAUUAUGUUUCCCGCACUGUAUCGCAUCUCGAAGGAGCACUGGAACCAGACCAUUGUAGCUCUCGUUUACAAUGUACUGAAGACGUUCAUGGAGAUGAAUUCGAAAUUGUUCGAUGAGCUCACGGUCAGUUACAAAGCAGAGAGACAAAAAGAAAAGAAGCGCGAAAAAGAGAGAGAUGAGUUGUGGAAGAAGCUAGCGGACCUGGAGAUCAGCCACACUAAAAACAUAGCUGCAGAUAAUAGUUCACCUAGUAAAAAGUGAUACAACAACCUAAGACUAUCCCCGCCCAAUCAUGAUAAUAUUUAUUGGUAAGUAAAACAUGUUAAUAUAGGGCGUUUUCGAUGUCGAAAAUUCAUUGUAACAUAAUGAGCAGAAAUUGUGAAUAUUAACUGCAAAAUUGAUAUAUUAUUAUGAUGUAGGUUCAGUAUAAAUCCACAGUGAAAUUUUGCAAAAAUGUGGAAUUGCUCCUCAUUUCUUUUUUCUUCUAAGCGCCCUGUAUGACACUCCAUAAGGAACAACUGCUAUUGGAGCUUGCUAAUAACACCAAAUCUCUGAAAAAAUUGCUGUUACAAAAAUGAACUUGCUGCACGUAAAGAUUAUUGAUACAAAAUUUAUUGUAUAUUAUGUACUGUAAACUUUUUUUUUUUAAACAAUAGAACUAGUCUUACAUCAUUUCUUGUAUAUACUUUGAAAUGUUUUAAUGAGUCUUUGUAGAGGUAUCAAUAUAGUUUUCUCUGAGA